CAUGGAGAACUUUUAUGGUAAUCCAUUGUUACAGUUCGUUGAAUUUAUCUGUAGAAGUAGCAUCAAUGGAUCAGAUACGUGUGUUAUACAUUUCCAUUUCAAGAAUAAGACAAUGGAUGUCAUUUUUAAUACAAAAUACAUAAUACUAAUUCUCAGGAAUAGUAAAAGUUACAGUAAUAAUAAAUAAAGUAGCACAGUGUAUUUUGAGAUGAUAAAUGUGUAUAUAGGACCAAUUCUUAACGGAUAUGCCACAGGAUGGACGGCACCUAUGGUGCCUAUACUAAUGGAUAAUGCGCAAUCUCCACUAAAAGAGCCGCUGACAGCAACGCAAAUAUCAUGGUUGGGAUCUAUAGUGUACUUAUUUCUCUUUGCGGCAGUCAUAGUCGGUUACAUAGCAAAUAUAGUGGGUAGAAGACUAAGUCUGAUAGGCGGUGCUGUAUUCACAAUAACAUCCUAUGGUUUGCUAGUAGCCCCAAAUAUAGCUAUGUUAUAUACAGCACGCGUAUUUCAUUCUAUCUAUACAAGCGUUAAUGUCUUCCUCACAUUGGUAUAUAUUGGUGAAAUGGCGUCAUCAAACAUAAGAGGAAUAUUAUUAACAAUGACAGCUGUAUGCCAAAAUCUUGGAUGUAUAUUAGUAUUUUCUGUAGGGCCAUAUAUACCUUAUAGAAUGGUACAAUAUUUACCUAUUAUAUUAACUAUUGUAUAUAUAAUUGCUGUAUUUCUAAUUCCUGAAUCUCCAGUAUAUUAUUUAAUAAAAGGUGACGAAAAAUCAGUUAUAGCAACUCUCCGUAAAUUUGGAAGAGAUGACGAUAUCAAUCAACUGUCACUCAUGACCGAAGAAUUUAAGGUGUCUCAUUCAUCCACAACGCCAAUACGAGAAUUGUUCACAGUGAAAAGCAAUAGAAAGGCAUUUUUUAUAAUGCUAGUAUUAACAACCUUACAGUAUAUCAGUGGGGUGUUAAAUAUACUAUUCUUUGCCACUACUAUUUUUGAAUCAGCAGGAUCUUCAGUAGAUCCAAAUAUCUCAACCAUAAUUAUUGGAAUAAUUUUCACUGUAGGAUCAUUGAUCUCGCCAAUAUUUGUUGACAAUUAUGGAAGAAGAAUAUUGCUAUUAAUAUCAACUUUCGGAUGCAGUUUAUGUAUGGCAUUAUUGGGAAUAUACUUUUAUUUAGAACAGAUAAACCAAACAUCAGUUAGCUCUCUUAAAUGGUUGCCUCUACUCUUAGUAAUAGUAUUAUUCUUUAUUUUCGGCAUUGGCUUAUCUACAAUCCCAAACACAUUACUUGGAGAAAUGUUUGGGCCUAACGUUCGCACAAUUGGAUCUUCUAUCUCCAUCUGCAUAGGUGGCAUCGCUGGAUUUCUCUCGACCAACUUUAGUUUUGGCUAUUUAUUGGUUUACUUUGGAAUGCAUGCAAUUUUUUGGUAUUUCACAGUCAUUAAUAUUUUAGCCUUUGUGUUCACAUUAUUAUUUGUACCAGAAACUAAAGGACUUAGCUUAAUAGAAGUUGAAAACUUAUUAGCUAAGUAAUGUUAUAAAGACAAAUAUGAAUACAUAUAAUUAUAAAAAUAUGUAUUGUUAGCGAGUUGCGGGCACUUUGACGUACAACACAACGCCGAUAAAAUGAACCUGAAAGAUGUCUACUUGAUCUUUUCUUGAUCUUUACUUGAUUUGAUGUUUACUUGAUCUUGAGCUACUACUUUCUGGACUAUUAGUACAUAUAUCUGUAAUGACAAAUGUCGAAUAAAGUGACAGAUCAUAAUCCUGCUUUUAUUACACAUUUUGGAAACAGCGUACUGUUUUUUUUUUCUUAUAUUCAUUUCUAAUUUGCAAUCUACUUAACACCGGCUUAUAAAUAUGCAGUAGUACAUUAAGAAGUUGAGGGCAACCGAAACAACGUUGAAAACCCUGAAUUACUUUAAAAUAUUGAACUCUAAAAAUGUAUAUCUCUCA